AGAUUCGUGUUAUACACAAAUAGAUACAUUGAUUGCUCCUGGAAUUGUGAGAAAUUUUUAGCAUUUUUAUGUUGAAAUUGGACAGUUCUAGACUUUGAGUUGAAUUGACUGGAGGAGUGAGAUGGCGUUAGUCAGCAACAACCUGAAUGCUGCCAACAAAAUGUGUCUGGAAUUCAAGUCACGGUACAAUGGAGAAAUUUACAAAUUUUGAAUGCCUUCUAAUUCUAUUGGAACGGUUAUUUUUCAUGCUAUGUUUUGUCAAUAUUUUUACUAGUCGAAAUCAUCACCGUAAGCGCUUAAGUGUUCGGAACUGGAUGCAUUACGAUAUAUAAGAUUGCUAUACUCCAAUCCAUAUCAACAUGGAUAAAUGUAGUUUUUGCUCCGAUAUAUGCAAUAAGGAAUUCCAUCACGUGCUGAUACCCUCUCACCAAGAGCCGAAACUAAAAACUGUGCUGCAGAAACUUAAUAGUUCCACUUCCCAAUUGAGUAGUUAUCCUACAUGCGACAAAUGCCGCCAAGAAUUAAUGACCGUCUACAAGAUUCCCGAGAGCUGCUUCCAAACUUUGUCCAAUGCCAAACCUACAGAUCACAUCAAGAUGGAACCAGAGCUCAUGAUUGAUGACCACGAACUGUCGGAAAAUGGCGAAUUUUAUGAAGGAGAUUCAAAAGUAGUCUUUGGGCCGAUUGAACCGGAAGACAAAAUGCGUAUCGAGGGUGAAGAUGGAGGAAUAUUCUUCUUCAGUGAAAUAGACGAAGACGCGAGAACAAAUACACAAAAAACAGGUGAACUAGAAUACUCACCUUCAGAACAUCAUAAAUGUAAGAAAGAGUUGGUGGACGAAAAUUUGAUGAAAGAUCACUUACGGUUACACAUGGAAGGAAAACCUUUUAAAUGUAAAAGGUGUGUAAAAACAUUUAGUUCUAAAAACGGACUAAAAAAGCACGUACAAACUCAUAAGGGUGAACAUCCCUAUUCUUGUUCACAUUGUCUGAAAGCGUUUAGGACUCCUUCAAAGCACAAAGAGCACAUUCGAACUCAUACGGGUGAAUGUCCCUAUUCUUGUCCACAUUGUCCGAAGACGUUCAAGCGAACUACAACGCUCAAACUGCACAUUCUAACUCAUACGGGAGAACGUCCCCAUUCUUGUCCGCAUUGCCCGAAAGCGUUUGGGGUUCGUUCAUCACUACAACGUCACAUUCGAACUCAUACGGAUGAACGACCAUUUUCUUGUCCACAUUGUGCGGAAGCAUUUAGGAAUUGUAAAAAACUACAAAAGCACAUUCAAACUCAUCCGGAUUCGGGAAAUCCUUCAAAAGAGAAACCGUUUAAAUGUGAAAAGUGUGAAAAAACAUUUGGCUCAAAACACAACCUUAAAAUACACGUUUUUACUCACACGGGUGAACGUCCCUAUUCUUGUUCACAUUGUCCGAAAGCGUUUAAGCAUCCUUCGACGCUUCAAGAGCAUAUUCAAACGCAUACAGGUGAACGUCCCUUUUCUUGUCAACAUUGUUCGAGAACGUUUGGGAAUCGAAAAGUACUCCGACAGCACUUUCGAAUUCAUUCGGAUGAACGUCCGUUUUCUUGUUCACAUUGUCCGAAAGCGUUUAAGCAUCUUUCAGGGCUCCGGGUACACAUUCGAACACAUACGUGUUUGUAAAAAUGUUUUAGUACUAUUUGAAAAGUAACUAUUCAACUGGGACUUUUCGCAGCUGAACAUUCCUUUUUUUGCCCACAAUGUCCGAAGACGUUUGUACAAGCUGCAGCGCUCAAACAGCAUAUUGUAACUCAUACGGAUGAACGCCCGUUCUAUUGUCCACAUUGUCCGAAAGCGUUUAUAGAUCGCACAUUGCUCAUAGUGCACAUUAGAACUCAUGCAGUGGUGUCGAGUGGGGGUGGAGCGGACCCGCACCCACAACCGCACUUCUUUGUAACAUAAAAUCAAGUUAAACCAGAAAAACGGUCCGGUUGUACCACUGGCAUAGAUUAGAACAAAAGAACAAGUAUAGGCAUUAUCUGAACGCUAAAUAUUCCAUGACAUGUCAAGAGAAUUUCCAACCCGCGAAGACACUUGACCGAUCGGGAAUUGAACCCAAUGCCCUUGUCAGCAUUAGCCAUGGAUUUACAAGGAAUUUGCCGCUUUACUAGAUUCCCGAUAACGAUCUGCUGAUGCGAUGGCUUUCGAAUCAAGACAGCUGAGCAACCCCAAGCCGAAUUCUAGCCGACACUUCAGGCCCCGUAACUCUUCAAAGGCAUGUCAAGAGAAUUUCUAACUCGGGAAGACUCUUGACCGGUAAGGAAUUGAACCUAAUACCUAUGUCAGUACCAGUCCAGAAUUUACAAAGAAAAUCCUGCUUCACUGGAUACCCGACAACGGUCUGCUAAUCUUUUUCGACACCAGACAGCUGAGCAAACUCAAGCCUAAUUCCAGCUGAUACUUCAAGCCCUUCAUUUAACCUAAGGGUGGGUUUAGACUAGUGAUAUAUUCGUGCGAAGAAAUAUGAUGAGAUUUAUAGAAAUCGCAUCAACCGUUCACACUAGCGCGAACUUAUAUAAUUAAUAUAUUCAUAUUUUCGGUGAAUUUAUUCUAUACAUUCUAUACAUAUAUUCCUCGAAGAAGUGUAUCAGAUAUAUUCUCACCCGUUUACAUCUAUUUUUGGGUGAAUAAAUCCAUCUAUAGCUAUAGAUCUCCCUAAUGUAAACUCGCCAUAAGGUAUAACCGCGUCAAUCUGGAUAUGCAAUGAGAUCUGCCACAACAAAGAAAAAUCUCGUAAUAAUUGUCUGUUAACCUGAAUGAGGUGGCAGAAGUAAAUGACUUUUAAAACUGGAUGAAGUUAAAGAAAAAAUAUUUUCUGGAAUUUUUUCAUUCAAUUAUAUUUUUUUCUUUGAAUAAAUACCAAUAACGCCAAAAAAUACACUAUAGCAAUAUUACAGAACGCGCACAGUCUGUGAGUACACGUGUUAGGUUAGGCGCAAAUUGAGAAGCGUAUAGCGCUCGUAAGCGAACGCGAGACUACCAACACGACUCAUACGUGUCACAAACGUAACGUGGUGGAGCACAUAUUGAGUCGCAGUUUGGUGUAAAUAACAUGCCACUCGCAUACAAUGACUGAUUAACACAGAGUUGCGCGAUAUAUUUAUUUACUAACACAAUCACCCGACCAGUACAGCAAUACAGUGUCAAACCCACGGCGCUAGAUGAUUGUUCACCAACACAACUACCACAACCGGCAUGACCAGCACGAGAAACUGUGGUUCAGUCACAGCGUCGCGCGAGUCGUGUCUCACAAGCGCUCCACCAUCUCGCGUCAUCUGGCCAAUUUGCGCCGUUCUAUCUGUUUUCAUUAGCCACAAAAACAGGCGCUAUAUCGCGCCAAGUUACUCGCGCUAUAUGUGUCUCAAUUUGCGCCUUGCCUUACGAUUUUUCGCGCGAGCGCGAGGAGUGUUAAGGGGGGAUCCCGGUCUGGAAGGUCGAAAAAAUCGAUUUUUUUUUGUUAUUUGCAUUUUUGAGAAUAAUAUGUCCUCAGAAAUGAUGUCCUAAAAGGAUUUUUCGAUAUUUGAUUUUGUUGAAAAGUUACAGCCAAAAGUAUGAUGUCACCUCAGGGGUUAUAGUAUUGCUGUACGAAUUCUCAAACGCGUUUUUCUCGAAACCUGUUUUUUCAACUGGCAGUAUCGAUAUCUCAGGAUUUUUUCAUUUAUUUAUUUAUAAAACAUUCAUAUUUUGUAACUUAAGACUUCUGACUUCUAAUGUUCAAUUGUAAAAUUGAAGUGGAAUAAGCGCUGCACAGAACAAAACAAAAAAUCAAACUAUUUGAACAACUACUAUUAGCUCCUAAUUAAAAUGCUCUAUAUAACCUUUCUUAAAUGCUGUCAACGAAUCUACAUUAGAUAGACUUGUGAGUAAAGAAUUUCAAUGAGUUACACCUCGCACGAAAAAUGAAUUCUCAUACUUAGACGCACGAUGCCUUGAUAAAAUAUAUUUUAUGGCCCGAUUUUUUGUGUGGUUUAUAAUUUACUAUACAAAUACUCUGGUUUUUUUCGUUUUCGAGAUUCUAUGUAAAAUUAAGCGACAACGAAGCUUACUUAAAAUUAACUAAUGGGCAUCCUAUGAGGACAUGGUGCAACUGAGAAACAUGGGACAAUCUAUUCAGGUUAAACACACACCGUGCACAGGAAUUUACAGCAAGUUUGAACUUGAACUUAUUGAAAGUUGCUAUAGAUACAUCAUCAAAUAUGAAAUACCAUGCUGAAAAAUUGGAGAAAAAUAAGGCUUUUGAAAAGUUUUAAUUUGUUUUCUUUUCUUUUAAUUAUUUAAUUAGACUCAAGUGUAUAAAGAGUCAUCAUCUAACAGUACAUUAUUAAACUAUUGAAAUUUAUCAUAACUACACAAUUAUAAACUUAUAAGUCUAAUUAACUAAAACUACAGAACAAUAUUUCAUUAAAAAUAUAAUUUACUAGCUGACCUGGCAAACUACGUCUCGCCCAAAAUUUGUGUUUUGUUAUCAAUACCUUCAAACAUUCACGUUUUCUUACUAUGAGCAUGUUCAUGGGUCCAAUCGCAGAACUGUUCAUUAAUUGAUCUUCUAAUCGUUGAAUUUACGUUUUUUUUAUAAAAUUCCUAGUAUUUCUAACAAAACUCAUCAUUAUAAUAUCACAUUAUUUUCAAACACAAUUCUCGUUCAAGAUUUUUCAACCACUUGCAAAUAACAUGUUUCUCCGUUACAUGGAAUAAAUGUUUUAUACAGAAAAAAAUGAUAUAUGAUAAUGACAGCCCUAAAUCCGACAAUUCCUUUCUCGAGUUCUGCUCCUAUCA